GGGAAACCAAAACUGUGAAGUUAUUGCGGGAUUUUCACUAUUUUGCGGAGGUGCAUAUGACUGGUAAUUAGAUUUUUCUGCGAGAUAUGUCCUGUCAUGCAAAUUGGUCUUGUUCUCGUCCGAGUUGAAAUCCAAUCCAACCAGUUGAUGAGCAUAGUUUUCGUUAGCCACGAACACGAUCAAGAGAAAACAUAAUCACAAACAUUCCCGUGCUUAAAAAAUCUAGCAAAUUCUCGAAAUAAUCCACCAAAGGAAAAGAGAGAAGGCCACAAGUCAAGAUGCUGUCCCGCAUACUUUCCCGGAAUAUUUGCAAGGCGCCUCGCCAGCCUGCUACGCAGCGAACGGGUAUUUUUGAUGUCUUCCGAUGGAUUAUCGAGUUCGAUAUUCAUAUUGUCCCUACAAAAGAAAUUCUUGUUCCUUUUAUCACUAUUUCGACAUGGACCCCGAUCUCAAUCAAACAUGGUAUAAUAACUUCUCCCGCUCAGCAGGCAAGCGAUUUUUUUCUGAGAAGGUUGAGGUCCGAGGGCAGUCGACAGCAACCCAGACGCCGAUUAUGUACUACAGCAGUACACAACAGGCGACUUCCUCGAUCAAUCAUCGACUCUUCUACAUUAACGCCGUUGGUACCAUUAAUCUUUUCAAGAAAGCAAGUUAUCAACACAGUUUGUCAAACUCAAACAUGGUUUCGAUGGAUUUUCCAAACACAUAUGGAUAUCCUAAACCAGCCCGAUAAUGAUAGAAAAGAGUACCAAGUGUAAAUUCCAAUUUGGCAGAUGAAAAUGAAAGUGAAAAAGCAAGUCAAACCCAAUCGCAAUCGCUUUUGCAACAUAUAAAUCGCAGCAAUGUUGGCCGUCGCCGACGCUUUCAACACGCUAGUUGACUACUGAGCCAGCAUUCGAAGCGUUAAGCGCACCGGGGAGAAAUGUCGAGUGUCGCGCCGAACUGCCGCGGCACUCGCGAAGAAGGCAUAUUAAAGAUCUACUCUGGGAUGUGAAUUUUUUCAAUUUUCCACUAUGUCGCGUUGAUGUCAUACCAAGAAAAGCAGCGGUAUGAAAAAAUAUCGACUCUGCAUCACAAUCACUAGCACUACUCGGUAUAAGGAACUUUGUGUUUUGCUCUUGUUGGUGCACCUCCACCAGUUACGGCUUGUUAUAUUUCUGAAAAUAAGAUCGGAGACGGAUCAGGAAGAUCUCAAUCUUAGCUAGAAGUAGAUCAAAGCUAAAGCACCAAGAAAAUUCCAAGCCAGUUAUUGAGUGAGGAAGAUAAAUGAUCAACAUCACCUCAAUAUCUCGGAGAAGUUCCCAGGAAAUUGGAGCACCUUCUAUUGCUUACAGAAAAGAUCUAGAUUAUGAAUUCUCAUCCUCACACUCAAUCAUCAUUGAGGUCAACAUCAAGGAUACAUUCGCGGAUUAUAUUCGCAACCUGUAAGUCUAUCUCAGACAGGCUUUAUCUGCCUAGAUCUACAUGAAGAUCUUGCUUUUGGCUCAGUG